CGGGCGGGAGGCGGCGGCGCCCGGGCCCAUGGAGCUGGAGAACAUCGUCGCCAACACCGUCCUGCUUAAGGCCCGUGAAGGUGGUGGCGGAAACCGGAAGGGCAAGAGCAAGAAAUGGCGCCAGAUGCUGCAGUUCCCCCACAUCAGCCUCUGCGAGGAUCUCCGGCAAGCCCUCGAGCGGGACUACCACAGCCUGUGCGAGAGGCAGCCCAUCGGGCGCACGCUGUUCCGGCAGUUCUGCGAGACGCGCCCCGAGCUGUCGCGCUGCGUCAAGUUCCUGGACGCCGUGGCCGGGUACGAGGUGGCUCCGGACGAGAAGCGGAAGGAAUGCGGGCAGCACCUGAUCGAGAAGUACCUGAAGCCAAAGAGCGAGGACCAUGUGCCUGAAGUCCCCUCCCAGCUGGUGGAUGCCUGUUGCGAGCGGCUGGAGCAGGAACCUUCCAAGGAGCUCUUCAAGGAAUCCACCAAGCUUAUCCACGACUACCUGAGUGUGGCUCCCUUUGCCGACUACCUCGACAGCUUGUACUUCAACCGCUUCCUGCAGUGGAAAUGGCUGGAACGGCAGCCAGUGACCAAAAACACUUUCCGCCAGUACCGUGUGCUAGGCAAGGGCGGUUUUGGAGAGGUUUGUGCCUGCCAAGUGCGUGCCACGGGGAAGAUGUACGCCUGCAAGAAGCUGGAGAAGAAACGGAUCAAAAAGCGGAAGGGAGAGGCCAUGGCCCUGAACGAGAAACAGAUCCUGGAAAAAGUGAACAGUAGGUUUGUAGUGAGCUUAGCCUAUGCAUAUGAAACUAAAGAUGCUCUCUGCCUAGUGCUGACCCUCAUGAAUGGAGGGGACCUCAAGUUCCAUAUCUACCACAUGGGAGAGGCUGGCUUCGAGGAGCCCCGGGCAGCUUUCUAUGCUGCUGAGAUCUGCUGUGGCCUUGAGGACUUGCACCAGGAGAGGAUAGUGUACAGGGACCUGAAGCCAGAGAACAUCUUGCUGGAUGACCAUGGUCACAUCCGUAUCUCAGACCUGGGGCUGGCUGUGCACGUGCCUGAGGGCCAAACAAUCAAGGGACGUGUCGGGACAGUCGGCUACAUGGCUCCAGAGGUUGUGAAGAACGAGCGCUACACGUUCAGCCCGGACUGGUGGGCUCUGGGCUGCCUGGUGUACGAGAUGAUCGAGGGGCAGUCGCCCUUCCAGCAGCGCAAGAAGAAGAUCAAGCGGGAGGAGGUGGAGCGCCUGGUGAAGGAUGUGCAGGAGGAGUACUCAGAGAAGUUCUCGCCCUGCGCCCGCUCCCUCUGCACCAUGCUCCUGUGCAAAGACCCCCUGGAGCGCCUGGGCUGCCGAGGGGCUGGGGCCCGGGAAGUGAAGGAGCACCCCCUCUUCAAGCACCUCAAUUUCCGGAGGCUGGAAGCAGGCAUGCUGGACCCCCCCUUCAAACCAGACCCCCAGGCCAUCUACUGCAAGGACGUUCUGGACAUCGAGCAGUUCUCCACGGUGAAAGGCGUGGAGCUGGAGCCCACGGACAAUGACUUCUACCAGAAGUUUGCUACAGGGAGCGUGCCCAUUCCUUGGCAGAACGAGAUGAUCGAGACGGAGUGCUUCAAGGAGCUGAAUGUCUUCAGCACGGAUGGCUCAGUGCCCCCAGACCUGGACUGGAAAGGGCAGCCUUCCCCGCAGCCCAAAAAAGGGUUACUCCAGCGCUUCUUCAGCAGACAGGGCCCCCCCCACCCCGUUCCCCGGCGGCCCCCUCCCAGCGAUGGGCAGCGGCUGGGCCGGGACCGCGCCGUACCCGUGCCCCCGCCGCCCGCCCCCUCCCCGCGGCUCCAUGGCGAGGACGGAGCCCUGACGGCGGGCGCCCACGGGCCAGGAGGAGACGCCGGGCACGGCAUGGGGAGCCCUUCGGCGGCCCUGAGCGCAUCGGCUCGAGCGCGGGCCCUGCCGCCGCCCUGA